AUGCACUACUGCCACGGAGGUUGCCGUCAGGGAUGCCCGCAUUGGCACCAUAUGCAUCAUCAUCAUGGCCAUCAUCAUCACGGGCAUGGACACACCACGACUUAUAUUACCCCUGGUUUUGUGGCGCAACCAGUUUACCCUGCGAUGCAACCGAUGGUGCAGCCAAUGGUUCAACCUAUGUUGUACAUGAUCACGGACAUCAUCAUGGACAUCACCAUCACCACCAUAAUCCGCUGGCUGAGAUUGUUCACGAUGUUGUUCAUGCGGCUACCCACCAUCAUGGCCAUCACCAUCAUCACCAUCGCCAUCACUGCUAAUUAUAUACCAAAAUUGCAUUUACCCUAUGCAUAUAUUCCA